AUGCAGCGACUUCCUAUACCUGCUCGCUCACUUGAUAACAUAGAGCUCGUCACCAACAUCCUAGAGGAAGAAGACGACGUGGUGGCUUGCCAUCGACAACAGAUCGAAGACAACAUGGCACUUGUACAGGAGGAAAUGGGCCUCCUCACCCAAGUGGAGAUGCCAGGUGGUUCGGUUGAGUCGUAUGUCAUCAGACUAGAUCGUGUGCUCCAGCGGAAGAUCGAGUCUGUGAACAAACUGCGUGAACGGCUUUCUGAGUUCCAGCAGAGGCUGAAAGAGGAAGAGACUCUAAGCAAGACCAGACGGCUUUAA